GACCAGUUCCGCCAGGCGGGCGUAACAAGAUGGUGGGGAUGUUUUGCGAGUGAUGCUCAGUGUACGGAAUUUUGUUAUGAUUGUGAUCCUCGCCGCGUGUUAGGAUUCUCGUGCAAGCCCCAGUGUUUGUAGCCGCCGCCGCCCAUGCGGGUGACCACCGUGGGCGGCGGGGCCCCGCCGGCAUGAUCGCCAGCCCGCCCGUGCACGGGCUGCGGCUGGGUGGCGGCACGCAGCAGCCGCCCGUGCCUCGGCGGCGCAGCUCGUCGCCACCACCACCACCGGCACCCGCCGAGGCAGCGCCCGGUGUGCCGCCGCGCCGGCUGCCCGCGCUCCAGGGACGCUCCAGCCUGAGCGUGUCGCGCACCCGCUACGUGCUGGCGCCCAGUGAGCCCCCGCUGCUGGUCAGCUGGGACAUACGCGAGGAGGUGUCGCCCGACGACUGGAUCGGCCUCUACCGAACCGAUGAAACAGAUCCACUUCGUUUUCUGGAGCACAAAAACAAGCGGUGUCCAAGUAACACUGCAAAAGGACAGGUCCUGUGGAACAUAGACUGCAAAGAUGCAUUUCUCGAAGAGACAACCAACGUUUGUUUUCGCUACUACCACGGGACGAGUGGCACACUCAGAGCCGUGAGCCCAGUGGUGACCAUCUGCAGGUCGGCUGACACCACUGGAAUUAUGAAUGGCCAUGGCUCUGAUGUUUUGGUGGGAUACUCUUCGCAGCAGAUACCAAUGGAGAUGGUCAAGUUUUAUUUGACCAACCUCCAUGCUCGAAAUCUCAAGAAAGGGAUGUUUUUUAAUCCCGACCCCUACGUUAAGAUGGGCGUCCAGCCCGGUUUGGGGGAUGGGGUGUUGCUGCUUCCACACCACGGCCAAAUUUGUCGCACGGGUGCUGCUGAAUCUACUGUGCACCCCUCGUGGCCUGGGCAGUAUGAGUUUAUCGGCUAUCCUUCUGACGUGCUGGAGUUUGAGGUGAAGGACAAGUUUGCCCGCAGCAGGCCAAUCAUUGGCCGCUUCCUUGGUCGGCUUGCUGUGCGUGUGUGGGAUCUCCUAGACCGUUGCACUGGAGGUGUUCCUGUUGAGAUGAGUUUCAGUCUUGCUAACAAGACACCUUCAGACCAUGUGACAGGGGAGCUCUUCUUUACUUUCGUGCUGGAGCACGGCCCAGUAGACCCGUGGACCCACAUUCGACAGGUCCACAACCCAAUCUACGUGUCGGACGUGCCUCCGGAACCGUGCCCCUCAAGUCCGCCUCCUUCGUCGGAAGUCCCUCCACCACCCGCAUCCGUGCCACACCAUCCGCCUCUGACAGCCAGGACCACCUCUCUGCCAAAUGGAAGUGGCAUUAUACCGCCACCACCCACCUCGUCGUCGUCCUCUUCAUCAACAUCUUCCGCGGGUGAUCCGGAGCCUACACCAAGAAGGGAUUCCUCUCAGCCUGCAGCACGGCGUAGCGUUCGUUCAAACAGUGAGCACGGCCUGCACUCCCCCGUAGCUCCGCAAGCUGUAACGAGGCGACUGUCUCAAACACCUAGACCACCCGCCACAGCGGGUGCUGCACCGGCAUCCACCUCCUUUGCCAACAUGGAGUACAUGAUGCAGCAGGAGGCAGCAUCCCCAAGGCUUACAUCAAUAGAUCAGCCACCCCCGCUACCCCCGAAGCAAAAGGGCCCCAAGCGGCAUCACCAUCACAGGCCCCUCGAACGAUCGCGAGCUUUGGACGUCGUCGUGAGAGCAGAAGAGACGACGUCGUCAUCCUGGAAACAUGCCAGGCAUCGAGACGAAGCCGCCGGUCUCGCCGGAGAUGUCGAAGAGGCGCCAGCGGACUCUGACGAGAGCUCUGCGAGCCUAGCCUCUUCGAGUGCAACGUCUUUGACCGCAGGAGAUGCGAGCCCACCUCCAACGUUACCAAGAAGAACGCGACCGGCUGUCCUCCAGACGACGUGUGAGGCAGUUGGGCAGGCGGCAAGAGCAGCGCCGUUAGCGACACCCGAGCAAGAUUCAUCACUUCAGGAAGGGGGUCCGUCGUCUCUCGAGAAUCUCAGUGGAGUCCUGGACACAUUGGACUCUGACGAGGAAGGUCCGGCUCCAGCAGACGAGCUUUCCGCUUGUGACUUUGACCGUGCCAACAGUGAGCCAGCGAAUCUUGAGUUCGAUGCUGGUGGUAUGGUGUCAUCCUCAGCUGCAGAGGACAGUCCCUCGCCAGCACCCGAGGUCAGCAGAGGUGCCUCACCAGCACCGUCAUCUUUGGGGGAUUCAUCUGCAGAGGCCUCGUCUUCGCAGACAUUGAGUGCCAGUGAUGAGGAAGGAGCGCCUGAGGCCAACAAUCUGGAAUCCGGGCAAGAAGUGUCACAACGCCGGAGGCGGCUCAUUCAGCCGCCACAGCGGUGUCACUCGGACUCGGAAUGUUCCUUCACGAGGCCUAGGAGGCAGCAUAAUCGGCACAGUCACCACCAGGCACAUCGCAGGCGCCACAUACCAGAACAGAGGUUAGGGCCUGGGCUGGCGGGUUCUGGCCUCCUGCCAUACAGCCACAGUGAUCACAGUAGCCUGGCAAUGCAUGAGUCUGCCCGAGCGGCAGUGUUGGGCCACCGGGAAAGUGAUUACGGCAGGCCCUGCCUCCUGCCUUCAAGUGAGGGCCCAGCACUCCUACAUGCAAGUGUGGCAAGCAGCAGAACUUCUACUGUGGAGCCAUCUCCAGCAACGUCGACAACUGCUGCUGUGUUGCCUGGCAAUGCCAUGCAGUCACAACAGCCUCAACAGCAGCCGCACAACACUACCACCCGUCUGCCUUCCAUUCCCGAACGCACAAUUCGGUAUCAGCGUGUGGAGCUCGAGGAGCCACUGCCACUACACUGGGAGGCUCGUAUUGACAGUCAUGGGCGCAUCUUCUACAUCGACCACCUAAACCGUACCACCACAUGGAACAGACCAUCGCUGUCACAGCCAGCUGGCAUUGCUGCCACCUGUAAUGAACUUCAAAGGCAACAGUUUGAUCGGAGGUACCAGAGCAUACGGCGCACCAUGACUCCUCGCAUGACAGCUGCAGCAGCUGCCGCCUCGGCCGUGCCCAUGAGUCUGGCAGCGUCGGCUCCUCCACCAGCUCCGGCUGUUCCGUGUAGCGGUGCCGCUCCCUCCCCAGUGCCCGUGGUUGAAGAGGUGGUGGUGGGUGGCAGUGCCAGCGUGGCGCCGUCCGCCCCUCCCGCACCUGUGGUCUCCACUCCCGACAGUCAGAGAGCACUGCUGAGAUCGCCCGCCGUUCGCUUUACGACUCGGUCAGACUUCUUCAAUGUGCUGCACAUGAACGACGAUGCCUUGGCUGCUUACAAUAGAAGCUCCUCCUUGAAACACAUGAUUGCAAAGAUUCGACGAGAUCCUGCAAACUUCGAAAGAUACCAACACAAUCGAGACUUGGUGAGCUUGCUCAACAAGUUUGCCGACAAGACGAGGGAACUUCCGAGAGGCUGGGAGACAAAGCUCGAUCGCUCAGGAAAGCAAUUCUUCAUCGACCACACGUCUCGAAGCACAACGUUCAUCGACCCCCGGCUGCCCAUAGAUGUGCCUUACUUAAACCCAAGCAAGCUGGUGGUUCCUCUGGCCAGGAGGCGCAGUCGCAGUGCCGGGGAAGACGACGGGCAGAGAGCAGACGCUGCUGCUAGGGGCAGUGGCAGCACCAGCGGAGGGCCCGUGCCACCACCCCGACCCCCGGGCAGCACAGCAGGGGCUGGGGCCAGCCUGCCGGGUGCCAGCAGCAGUGUCCCCACGGCCUAUAACGAUAAGGUGGUGGCCUUUCUCAGGCAGCCAAACAUCCUGGACAUCUUGCGUGAGCGCCACCCAGCAAUGGCGUCCAACACUGGCUUGCGCGACCGUGUGCAUGCCAUACGUGCGGAGGGAACUGCCGCCCUGGGGCGCCUCUCGCACGACCUGGACCUGACCAUCUUGCUCAGCCUGUUUGAGCAGGAGAUCAUGUCAUACAUUCCGGCCCAGUACUCCUCUGGGAGCAGUUCUAGUCAUCGCUCUCCGCGGGAUUCUCCUCAGCCUUCUCCGCAGGCCUCACCAGGUCUGCAGAGAGCUAAUCUUAGGGCUCCAGCACCGUAUCGGAGAGAUUUUGAAGCCAAACUUAGGAAUUUUUACCGAAAAUUAGAAUCCAAAGGCUACGGUCAAGGACCCAGCAAAUUAAAGUAAGU